AUGGCAGAAGAAGAAGAGAAAUCCAAAAUAAACCGGCACACUCUAACUACAACACAAAAAACACAAAAGCAAUUGGAAAAGUUAUUUCAAAAGAUCGACAAGCCGAUCGUAAUACCACAAGGUCCCAGAGAGAAAUCAGUAAAAGCGCCCAAAGAUUUUGUGCGCAAUGUUCCUGGAUCGAGUGCUGGUGCAGGCAGUGGUGACUUUCACGUAUAUCGUGCACAUAGACGGCGAGAAUACGCUCGGUUAAAAGAUAUGGAUGAAGAGGAACGCAAGGAAUACGAAAAGAAAGAGUAUGACGAUAAAAUUGCACAAUUAAAAGCCGGGGAUGAGGCACGGACGGCCAAAAAGCGUGCAAGGCGGCAGAAGCGUAAGCAGAAUAAGGAUCAGACGAGCAGCAGUACCGAGAAUAAAAAGCAAAAAACGGACCCAUAA